AUGGGGGGGUCGCAGUCCAAACCCGAGCCGGCGCCAGAGCCAACUCCGGCCGCGGAUGCCAGCGGGAUCCGACCUGCGCACCCAGCAGCGACGCUGCCCGUAGCAGUUGCGGCUCCAGUGGUGCCAGCGGGCGCUGGGAUACAGGUGCCUCCCAUCCCGGCCAGCUUCCCGCAGUUGACGCGCAUGGCUGAAGACGACCUCCAGCAGUUGCUGCACAACGACCCCCUGAAGGACGACCUGAUCAUGGAGAUGCCGGAGGUCCAGGCGCUCCAGAAGCGGAGGAAGGAGGCCCACCAGGAACUGCGGGAUUUGGCCGAGAGGGUUCUGCGCCAGGAGGGGGAGUACCAGGGCGCCCUCCGGGCCUGCCGGCAGGCGCGGGAGCCGUUGGCGGAGCUGAGGGGCUCCGUUCAGGACCUGUGCCGCCGGCGCGACGAGCUCGCGCGCGGCCACGCGCCGGACAGGACUGCCGCGGUGCUGCAGGCAGAGGCGGACCAGAGGGAACGGGCUGCGGAGGAGGCCCUCUCCGAGAUCCUUGGCGCGGACCGGCAGCUGGACGACGACGCAUUGGCGGCCUUCAGGAAGCGCUACGUCGAGGAGAAGGUGGAGAAGCACUGGAGGCUCGGGCUGCGGCAGGCUUGCCUGGCGGAGUGA